AUGAGUUUUAUAUUGUUUAUUUUGUUAUCUGGGGUUUUUUCCUCAGAGAGUAGUACUUUGAGACCCACUAUGUCAGCAUUACCUAGUUUGACGUCGUCAAGUGAAGAUGAAUUUAGAGAGGAAGAAGACAAGUAUAAGGGAGAAGCUCACACUGGUAUUCCUGCUAAUGAGAAAACUGGUGACCAUUACAAAGAUAUAAAACAAUAUGUAUUCACGACACAUGACACAAAUGUUACUGAUUCUGAAGUAUCGAUGAAGGCAACAACUGAUAUGAGAUUUGCUAUAAGAAAACAUAAACCUACCAAGGCCAGAUAUGACAAACCCGCCAUUGAAGAAGAACCUCAAGAACCCUAUCAUAACAGUUUUCAAAAAUCAACCCCAAAUGUGCCUGCAUUUUGGACAAUGUUAGCUAAAGCUCUAAAUGGGACGGCAGUGUUUAACAUGGAUGAAAAAGAUCAGUUAUUCCGCCUAAUUCCAAGAUCUGAUCUGUUCUCGGGAAGUGAUGACAAAAUAUCAGAGCUCGAGGAGCUUAAGAUCAAAUUAAUGCUGGGCAUCUCGUUGAUGACCCUGUUCCUUUUCUUGAUCCUCUUGGCAUUAUGUUGUGCCACACUGCUCAAACUGAAGCGGAUGGGUCAUAACGAUUACGAGAGUCAAUAUUCUAUCAACCCAGAACUGGCCACCAUGUCCUACUUUCAUCCAUCAGAAGGCAUUCGGGAUGUUCAUUAUGUUCUAUCGUGAGAGAAGUAAAGCAUCUCGAAGACUAAUUCACGCUUAUUAGUGACCGUCAUCUAAGAUUAUCCACACCUAGAGUAUUUCAAUUUACCAGGAAGAC